AUGUCACUGGUGUACCUAUCUUUUCUGACGGUUCCCGUCGUUUACAUAAUCGUAUCGUUUAUCUUACUUCGAAAGCCAGUAUGGAUUCACAAACGGCACCGACCAGCGUUUAUUGUUCGAAACAUAGCCCACCGAGGCGGGGCAGCAGAAUCCAUCGAAAAUUCCUUACUUGCAUUUGACAAGGGAUUAAGCAACGGAGUAGAGAUGCUGGAAUUAGACUGUCAUUUAACUAAAGACGAUCAGGUCGUCGUUCAUCACGAUUUUGCCAUAAACAGAACAACGGGUCAAAACGGAUUCAUUCGAGAUAUGAACUAUGACGAUUUACCAGUGAUAAGCAGUAGUGUACAACUCUAUUACGAGCCGAGUACAACUAUCACUUGUGAUGAUGUGACAAAAACGGACGGAUUAUUGCGUAUACCAUUGCUGAAGGAUGUCUUCGAGCGUUAUCCAACUACUCCAAUUAACAUUGAUGUCAAAGAGAAUAACGACGAACUUAUACGACAGAUCUCAAAACUUGUUCAAGAUUAUAAUCGGGAACAUUUAACUUAUUGGGGAAGUUUCAAUCAUACUACAUGCAAGAAAUUGUCUGCUCAAAAUCCGCGUAUUGUUCGCUUUUGCUCCAUGAAAGAAGCAGCUGGUAUAGUCAUAUCCUAUUGGUUUGGAUUACUGCCUUUCAUUCCAUUGCAAGCCGGUGCUUUUGAGGUUCCGAUUCCCGGUGAAGUUUUCCGAAAAACAACUGCAAAUUUGACUUUUAAAUUCCGAGUUAUGUACUACAUUGCGGAACGAGCUUUGAACAACAGAAAAAUGUUCAAACAUCUACAACGCCGUGGUAUUCCCGUCUACGUUUGGAUACUGAAUAACAACGAAGAAUUCGAAUAUGCUUUCAAGAAAAUGUCUGUCACCGGGGUGAUGACCGAUUAUCCAACUCGUUUACAAACUUAUCUAGCGUCAUUCAAACAUGAUUUCUUUCUAAACUAA